AUUAUUGACAUGUCUACACAGAGCCACCUUAUAAAGGCUUAAUCACCUUCCAUGAACCUUCUCGGUCACAGAAAAAUUCCGCGUAAUAUAUAAACUCAACCGAUAAUAACACUUCUUCUCCAACCUUCCGCCGUUUACCACUCUCAUCACUUCCAUCUUCUCUUGACCACACAAAAAGACUGUACUAUUUUCUCUGUUUUUUCUAUUCAUUUUUAGUUUAUAUUUCUCAGUUUUGUUCCUCUUUUGUUUUUGUUUUUUUUUUCUUGUACCUUUGUUCAAAAAAACAAUUACCUCAAUUACUAGAUCUGUUCCUCUUUUGUCUCAAAAUAUUCACCUAGAUCUCUGCGAGAACAGCAACAACAAAAGUUUAGUUUCUUGUUCAAAUUCUAAUCUUUGAAAGUUCAACAUGUUUUCUGCUGAUACCCUUGUUGAGAAUUUUCCUGGUUCUGUUAAUCAGUGCAUGUUCGGAAAUAUUCCUGUGUCUGUUUUUUCAAACCAGAAUCCAGAAAACGGUUUCAACUUUCAAGAUUCUGUUUCAGUUUCUAGUGAUUCUGUUCCUUCUUCUGUUAUAACUUCAAAUGGUGAAUCUUCUGAGAGUACUAAGUAUUCAAAUCCAAUUCUUAGAUACAUAAGUGAUAUACUCAUGGAUGAAGAAGAUGAUUUGGAGAAGAAACCAUGUAUGUUGCAGGAUUGUUUGAAACUCCAAGCUGCUGAAAAAUCGUUUUAUGAUGUUUUAGGUGAUAAUUUGGGUGCAGGAAAUGGAAAUGGAACUAGUACUAGUUCUGAGAGCUAUAGUAAUGGCAGUUACACCACUGAUAAUUCUGUAGUUGAUUGUGAUUCACCAGAAAAUAAUGCAUAUGAGGUGUUUGAUAAAAUACCUCAUGAUCCGUUUAGAGAGGUAGAAGCUGUUUUCAGUUUUCCAAAUGCUGCUUGGAAGACGAAUGAAGAGGGUAAUAAUAAUAAUAAUAAUAUGGUUUUGGGUUCUAGAGGGUCAAGGGAAAAGAGAAGCCAUUUGAUGAAUGAUGUUGGUAUCUUAGAUGGAGAAGAUCUGAGAAGUAACAAGGUUUCAGCUGUUUAUUAUGAUGAUUCAGACCUAUCAGAGAUGUUUGAUGAGGUACUUCUUUGUAAUGAUGGUAAAAGUCCAUCCAUUUUUUGUGCUAAUCCUGAACAAUCACAUUCACAUGGAUCUAAUAGAAAAACAUCUCGUUCCAAGAAAGGUUCAAACAAGGGUAAAAAUCUGAGUACUACGGUGGAUUUAUGGACUUUGUUAACUCAAUGUGCACAAGCUGUUGGUAGCUAUGAUCAAAGGAAUGCUAAUGACAUACUCAAGCAGAUUAGGCAGAACUCUUCACCUCGUGGUGAUGGACUUCAGCGUUUAGCUCAUUACUUUGCUGAUGGACUUGAGGCGCGGUUAUCUGCUGGUACGCCAAUGUAUAAACGCCUUGACUCGGCGUCUUCUGCAGAUAUGUUAAGAGCUUAUAAAGUUUACAUCACAGCAUCUCCAUUUCAAAGGAUGUCGAAUUUCUUGGCCAACAGAACUAUUCUGGGUCUGGCAGAAAACAAAAGCAGCAUCCACAUUAUUGACUUUGGGAUUUUCUAUGGCUUUCAGUGGCCUUGUCUCAUUCAGCGUCUUUCGGAAAGAGUCGGUGGGCCUCCAAAGCUUCGUAUUACUGGAAUUGAUCUUCCUCAGCCAGGAUUUAGGCCUGCAGAGAGGGUUGAGGAGACGGGUCGGCGACUUGAGAAGUACUGCAAGAGGUUCAAAGUUCCAUUCGAGUACAACUGCCUUGCACAGAAAUGGGACACUGUAAGACUUGAAGAUCUCAAGAUUGAUAGAGAAGAAAUAACAGUGGUUAACUGUUUAUACAGAAUGAAGAACCUCUCUGAUGAAACGGUGACUGCAAAUUGUCCGAGAGAUGCUGUGUUGAGGUUGAUCAGGAGGAUUAAUCCAAGCAUCUUCAUACAUGGUGUAGUGAAUGGAACUUAUAACGCACCAUUUUUUCUGACUAGGUUCAGGGAAGCAAUGUUUCAUUUCUCAUCAUUGUUUGAUAUGCUUGAAGCUACUGUGCCGCGGGAAGAUCCAUAUAGGUUGAUGUUCGAGAAAGGGUUAUAUGGAAGGGAUGCAGUAAAUGUGAUAGCUUGUGAGGGAGCAGAGAGGGUUGAAAGGCCAGAGACUUACAAGAAUUGGCAGGUUAGGAAUAAGAGAGCAAGGUUCAAGCAACUUCCAUUGGCUCCUAAACUGGUAGACAGAGUGAAAGAAAUGGUGAAGAAGGAAUAUCCAAAAGAUUUUGUAGUUGAUGAGGAUGGGAAGUGGGUUCUGCAGGGUUGGAAAGGACGUAUUCUGCAAGCUGUUUCUUGUUGGGUUCCUGCUUAAACUAAUUGUCAAACCAGUCCUAGCCUAUGAAGCAAGGACACCAGAAACUUGUCCACACCAACACCGGUAAUAGUUCAAGGAAAUAGAAGCAAAUGCAACCAUGUGUCUGGCGUGCCGGUGUUGAACCAGACACGUGUUGGAACAGGUGUUGCCUUCAGUUUAAAGUAUCGGUUCUACCGAGUUGUAGGUUUGUAGCACGGUCCUCUCUAGGAUUUUUCUGUCUUCUUUUCAUUUCUAAUUUUGUGUGUGAACUGUAAACUGUAUGUACUCUACCAAGUAAGGGUAUAUUGAUGGUCUCUGAUUUAAGUAGGUUUAAAUCAUCAUACUAUACUUAAAAUAGAAUUAAGAUUGGAGAUGUUCUUACUAUGUACUUUAUAUACAAGUUUAUAUCAGUUUAUGCAUUGGCCAGUAGAUACAUUUGGAAUAUUA